CCAUAAUUAAACAGCACAAGAAACCGCGCCCAUUCUACACCAACGAAAGAAAAACAUACGUACACAAUUUCAAGACAUGACCUCAACAGUAUCAGCCAACACUGCAACUACACCAGAGGCCCUCCCUCUUCACAUCCGUCUCUUUUCUUCACUCAUCCAGUUUUAUCAUGGGUCCCUCGGCCGCAAGGCUGUUACCUCCAGUAAGGGAACCACUGUCGAAGCCACAGUCGACUUCUCAAAGAUCCGAUAUUCCCAGGUCUGGGAAGACACUCGUCUUCUCCGUCAAGGCCUUCGCCUCAAGCCCCAGAGCCGUGUCCUGAGUAUCGCCUCCGCUGGUGAUAAUGCGUUCGCACUCUUAUUAGACGAUGCCCGUGAAGUUGUUGCCAUUGAUUUCAGUCCUGCACAGCUGGCCUUGUGCGCACUAAAGAUUGCAGCCUACAAGACUCUGGACUACAAUGAAUUCACCCAGCUUCUCGGAUUUGAAUUCGAUGGCAAGAGCAUUAGUCCCGAGGACCGUGUCGCUCUUUAUCAGGACAAGGUCCGUCCUGCGCUGACGAACGACGAGUAUCGACAGUACUGGGACCAGAACUUGGAUCUGAUCCGCGAUAAGAUCAUUCACAUCGGCCGCCUCGAAAAGUUCUUUGGGCUCUACCGCAAGUACAUCCUGCCCCUGGCCCACUACAAAUCCACGACCCGCACGCUUCUCGACAGUCAGGAUCAGGCCAAACAGAUUAAAUUCUUCGACUCUGUCUGGAACACCUGGAUCUGGAGAGCCGGUGCACGCACCUUCUUUGGUCAGAUGUCCCUGGGCCAUCUCGGUCGCGAUCCCAAAUUCUUUGAACAUGUCCGCCUCGAUGUUGGUGCCUUCUUGCUCGGAAAGAUCAGCAAUGGUGUUCGUAACAUCCCAAUCUGGGACAACUACUAUGCGGAAUACGUAUUUACAGGUCAGCAGAGUGGCAAGAACGCUCUUCCGGAUUACUUGGCCAAGGAGAAUUAUGAGAUCAUCCGGUCAAGGAUUGAUCGCGUCAAGCUAGUCCGCGCGGAUGUGCUUAAGUACCUUGAGUCGGAGGAGAGCGGCCGCUUCGAUGGCUAUAACCUCUCUGACAUCUUUGAGUGGAUGGAUGAGGAUCUGUUCAAAACCUUCUUGACGGCCAUUCACAACAAGGGCACCAAGGACGCGCGCAUCUGCUACUGGAACUUAUUUGUCCCCAGAGAGAGGCCAGAGGAGCUCAAGCACUUGAUCCGCUCCGAGAUCGAUCUUUCAGACGCUGCCACUGCUAAGGACCGCACGUACUUUUAUCGUCGCUUUGUCAUCGAGACCAUUCUUAAAGAGUAGACAUCCUCCCAAUGUCGUAAUCAAAUAAAUAUGAACCCAUAAUACCUUUACGAC